UCUUUCAACAUUUGUCUCGUUUUCGUGGUUCGUGUAUAAGUGAUUCGUGUUUCUUGAGAUUUUGUUAACAUUUUUUAUUUUAAAUAUUAAAAAGGCAGUACGGAAUUGUAAAAGAAAGUAGGGCUUUUUAACUCAAGCCAUAACGUAAGGAUUUGUUCCACUGAUCCAAAGUUCCGGGAAAGCAGCGAAUACCAUAUACAUAAACAAAAAUGAAUAUCCCCAACGAGUACAUUUCGAAAACGGAAGAUGUGGCGGAUCAGGUUAUACGUCGCGGCAAAAAUAUCCUCCCCACAGUUGCUCGUCUAUGUUUGAUCGCGACGUUCUUCGAAGAUGGUCUACGCAUGUACUUUCAAUGGAACGAGCAACGCGAAUAUAUGGACAUGAGUUGGGGCUGUGGCAAAUUUUUAGCGACAGUUUUCGUGCUAGUGAAUUUAUUUGGACAAUUGGGUGGCUGUGUAAUGGUUAUCGCUAGGUAUAAGGUGGACAUUGCUGUGGGUGUGCUCUUUUUUAUUGUAGUGCUACAGACAAUCGCUUACUCUAUACUUUGGGACAUACAAUUCUUGUUUCGCAAUCUGGCGCUGAUAGGCGCACUGUUGCUUGUAUUAGCUGAAUCACGAGUGGAAGGACGUAGUCUGUUCGCUGGUGUGCCCUCUCUCGGUGAGAAUAAACCGAAAAAUGUUAUGCAGCUCGCUGGUCGUGUAUUGCUUGCAUUUAUGUUUAUAACGCUGAUACGCUUCGAAUUGAGCUUCCUUCAGAUUUUGCAAGAUAUCGUCGGCUCGAUUUUGAUGGUUCUCGUAACAAUUGGUUAUAAAACAAAAUUGUCUGCACUCAUCCUCGUAGCACUGUUGACUGUUUUGAAUUUGUAUCAUAACGCGUGGUGGACCAUUCCUUCGUAUAAGCCACUUAGAGAUUUUCUAAAAUAUGACUUUUUCCAGACGCUCUCCGUUAUCGGCGGUUUGUUAAUGAUUGUCUCACUGGGGCCAGGCGGCGUUUCAAUGGACGAACAUAAAAAGAAAUGGUAGAAUUUGCCGCGACAAUCUAGAGCAUCCUCAUGCACAGGAGAGAAAAUGAUUAAUUUUAUUAUUUUAUAUAAAUGUAUUUGUUUUUGUUUCAUAAAUUAGACACCUUUUUUUAUAAUAACAAGCGAUAAACAACAACAACAACAACAACCAUAAAAUGGAAGAAAUAAUGAUAAAAACAAAUAAAACAAACAUAAAAAAAGAUAAAAAUCAUUGUAUAAAAAAAAUUUAACCGUGAAUAAUUUAAAGGGGUUCUUGACAUUUGUUUGUGAACAAUAACGAUCCUUCCACCAUGAAAUUUUGUAUUAGAAGCGAACAAAAAUUAUUCCAUUUAUACUUCCGCAAUUGAUAAAAGUUGUUAAAUAAACAUGAGUCAAGUGAAACCUAAGCACUGAGGGUUUGUCACAAAAAUUCCAGGUUGUAGUAUGUAAUUGGACCGCUAUGCUCGCCUAUUUACAUACAGGGAAAAACGAAAAAGUUUUAUUUAUGCGAUCAACCUUAUUUUUUAAGUAAAAUCUGUUUCAGUUGCUCCGAAAACGAAAAAAAAAAAUACUUGAUUAUGUUUUGUAAUUUGCUCUAUUUUCUGUGUUAAUGUCAUUAAUUUCUGUUAUUUUUAAGAUAAAGAAAAUGAUUAAAUAUAAAAUUGGGAAAAUGAUAAAAUAAAACUUGGUGAAGAAAAUGGGAUAUUUUUCUUAUAAAAAUAAAACAAA